AAAGUGUGCGUGCAUUUAGCGGUUAUGGUUAUUUUAAUGUCUCCGGAAUUGCCGCGUGUGUUUCGUUAAAUUUAUUUAUUUUGAUUUGACUGAUUUUACUUAUACCACUGUUUUUUUUAUUAAAGGACAAUGGGAAAAUACAACUUGAGUAAAAUGACUUGUCAAAUCAGAUCAACAGAAUUAUAAUUCAAUGUUUGGAGCUUUGCUUUAGGUGAUUUUUAGGCGGAGUAUCAGUGAUUAAUUUAGACUGCUAUUCAGAAACUGUAAAUCACUCUUUUUAGAAUUCUUAUCGGCCAUCGUAGGCGAUUACACGCUAACUCUACGCUGCUCCUCACAGAAGACCAGCACCCCAGUGUAAGUUGCGGAGAGGGCAGCAGAGUUGUGUGCGCAGGUGUGAACACUCGCUAAAAGUUGUAACAGAUCUUCCCAGCUCUUUUGACACUUCUUCCUUGGUUCCAUUUAUUUAUCUGCAGUCAUGCCUCUUCCUGAUACUAUGUUCUGUGCCGAGCAGAUUCACAUCCCCCCGGAACUGCCAGAUAUUCUAAAGCAGUAUACCAAAGCUGCUAUACGGACACAGCCUCACGACAUCAUUCAGUGGUCUGCAGCGUACUUUUCCGCCCUUUGUGCAGGGGAGACGCUUCCAGUCAAGGAAAGACUUGAAUUGCCAGUAGCAACUCAGAAAAAUGACACAGGGCUGACACCCGGCCUUCUGAAGAUUUUGUUUAAGCAGCUUGGGUACAAAGGGACAGUAACACGCACAGAGCUGGAACAGAAAUGGACAGAUCUUUGUCUGCCAAGAGAGCAACUCAGACAUUUGCUGAUGCUUGGAGGUUUUCAGGAAAGCGUGGAAUGGAGAAAGUUUUUUGCUCUUGGAUGUAGUGCACUUGGUGGGACUAUCACCAGCGCGCUGAAGCAUGCUUGUGAAAUCCUUACUUCUGAUCCUGAGGGAGGAGCUGCUCGCAUUCCCUAUGAAACCUUCCGGAGUAUCUACACAUACCUGGCUCAUCUGGACGGGGAGAUCUCGGAGGCUGAGAUUGCAAGUUUCCUCAGCAGCAUUAAGGAAGAUGUGGAUCGACAACAUGGAAUGGUUCAACCCAGAAACUUCAUGGGAACGAAACCUGCAGAAAUAAAGGAGACCGAAUGACUUUAUUUUGUACAUAUGCAAAUAUUACUGUUGAUCAUGGUUGUCAAACUCCACUGCUUGGCCACUGAGGUGCUGGUUUUUCCUUUCAAACAGGCUUUUGAAUAUGUUAUUUUGUGGUUAAAAUAACGGGUGCAGCAAGGGGAUGUGAUGAUUUAUGGCAGGAUAGAAUGAAUGGGUAGAUUGAAUUAGAGAAGAAAUGAAGUAGUCAAAAUAUGAAUCAAUGUAGUGUAUCUAGGAGUCCGAAAUGUUCAAAUGCUACCGACUGAUGUCAUGCUGAACACCGAGGGCUCUGCUCUACAGCCUGUCUCACCCUUUUGAUAUAGAAGGAAUUCUUACUGUACUUGAUCACCCAUCAAACAAGUCCUUCACUCUGCCAGUAGACUGAAAGCUAAAGUAAACCACUUUAAAAUAACACUACUAAUAGAAGAAAUUCUCACUGUACUGGCCAAGGUGCAUUUAAUUUAAAACAAAAUCUUCUUUACACCGCCGUUACUGACUUGGAUUCAGUGUAUGUCCUAAUGGCAAACACACGAUAAGGCAUCGACCAGUUGUCCAUGCCCACUAAAAGUACAUUUAGUGUACCGCACUGUCCCGGCACCUUGUAUAUCUCCCAAAACAGCCCAGUGAUUGCCACAUUCUUGUGCUGCACCAGUUACUUUUUGUAUGGGAUGUUUUGAUUCUGUGGUUCUCAAAAUGUCUUUACAUGUUUAGCACGCCGAUUUGUGUAACGUUUCAUUGGUGCUAUUGCUAAAGAUGUUUUCCAUCAUAAGGUAACAUUCUCAAAUGUGCUUAAUCCAGUUCAGGGUUGUGGAGGGCCAGAAGGUAAGAAACAAACCUGGACAGAGUGCCAGUCCAUGAAAGGCCUUGUAAUGUCAGAUCUCCUCGUCAAACCAGCUUAAUUCAGUUUGGCAUUACAGGAGGUUGGAGCCAAUUUCAGGGUUGCUGGGGCAAAGCAGGAAACAGCCCUGGACUGGGCAUCAACUAAUCACAGGCACCAGUUUUCUAUUAUGUUUUUUCAAAUGUUCAGGAAAUAAUUAUUUCAAAUGACCAGCCAGUAGUUGAUAAGCUCACACUGGUGCACGUAACGCCACGUUGCCUUUAUGUCUAGUGAGCUUGUUGAAUUUGAGGGGAUACUUCUGCGUCAUUAAGGAUGUCAUCUUUAGUCACGGCUCUUGCAAUGUCUUCACAUGUCCACACGUUUCUGCUAUCGGACCCGUACUUUAAAAUGGUGCCCUAUCCAGGCUUUACACCUUCCUUGUGCUUCGAUGCUUCUGGGAUUGGCUUUGUCCUCCAUUGGCCCUGAACUAGAAUAAGCAUUUUUGAAAAUGUUAAGAGUAUCUGAAUAUUUCAAACUUGUAGAAAAAGGGAAAGCAGAGACACCAGAGAGACAAACCUCUUUUAAUCCAACAUACUGAGCACAUGAGAUGGAGAAGCAGGGUGAUUAAUUAAGAAAAGGUUUCAGUUUAAGACAAGAAUUAAUGUCAAAAAAUGAGCACAACUGCAACAAAACCAGCAGCCUCUGCUUUAUUCAAAAGGCUCAAUUUCAUACCCCUGUGUAUUGAUGGUCUACAGGGGCCGUUUUUCUUAUCCUACAAACUUUCUGUAACAAAAAACAAAAUUAGACUGCGAUGCUGUUGAUCUUGCUACUCUGACCCCCAGCCAAGUAGAGAACUUGAACAGCUACCUCUAUGAUAAGCACACAAUGUAAAAAGCUUUGAAUUGUUACAUGUAAAAACACAAAAAAAUUAAAUUGUAAUAAAUUUUAAGAUUGUAUUUAAUUUUAAAAUAAAUGUUAUAUUAACAGUAUGUCUGAAAUUUAUAGAUAAUCCCAGAUCUUGGUUUAUUUGUGCUAAUAAUAACGUACCCAAUUUUUCAGUGUCUGCUGAUGUCCUCUCAAAUAACUUUAACAUACUGAGAUGAAACAUUUCACAUUUUAUUGAAGUGUAACAAGACAGCAUCUGAUUACGGAUUUCAAAGUGGCACAACAAAAGAGAACCGGCAAAAGCAUAAGGUGAAAAAUGCAUGCAAAAAACAAACAUGCAGUGACAAAAGUACACAGACUAGUAACUCCCUUGGGGCUCUUUUUUUCUUAUUUUAUAAAUAAUAUAAAUGUAAUGUAUAUGUACUAGGGACAGUCAAAAAGUUUCUGC